AUGGAAGAACAGAUAGAACAAGCUGUUGCCAUCGCUUUGAGCCCCUCUUCAGAUCAAACUUUGAAAAGUCAGGCUAUGAACUUUUGUGAGCAAGUAAAAGCAUCGCCCGAUGGUUGGCAAUUAUGUCUAUUAUUGUUUGUCCGAUUUCCUAAAAGCUCUCCCGAAGCUCGGUUAUUUGCUUUACAAGUUGUAGAUGAAGUGCUGAAGAAUGGAUCUCUUGAUACGCCGCAAUUUCUCCAAAUUCGAUCUACUUUAAUGGAGUUUGUUAAGCGAGAAUAUGUUCUCGAAGAAGUUAAUGGUGUGGAAUUUAGUUCCGAACCGCAAUAUCUGAAAAAUAAAUUUUCACAUACUUUAACAUUACUCUUUGUUCAAAUAUAUCUGUCAUUAUGGCCAAAUUUCUUUGAUGAAUUUUUGGCGUUACUUCAAAUCAAUGCUAUAAAUGGCAGUAAAACCAAUGUGCGCACAAUAGAUAUAUUCCUGAGAAUUUUAUUGUCGAUUGAUGAAGAGGUAGCGAAUUUGUCUGUUCCUAGGGAAAAAGAGGAUGCACAAAGAAAUACGGCCAUUAAAGAUUUUAUGAGAAGAAAUGAUGUUCAAAAACUUGCAACAGCUUGGUACGAUAUUUUGAAAGAUUACUGCACCCGAAAUCAAGAUGUUGCGGAAAUGUGCUUAAAAAUAGUUGGGCUCUAUAUUUCUUGGAUUGAUAUCUCUUUGAUUGUAAAUGAAUCGUUCAUUACACUUCUAUAUCAAUUAUUAGGAGAGAUAAGACUUCGAAUUGUAGCCUGUGAAUGUUUGGCUGAGAUUGUAUGCAAAGGAAUGAAACCUCUGGACAAAUUUGAAUUGAUUCAAGUUUUGAAUCUAACAAAUGUUAUGAGACGUUUGGAUCUUUCGGAUGAUAUAGAUUUUGUCGAACAAGUUGCCAAGCUUACUAAUGUUCUUGGCGUAGAAUUAUGCAAAAUAUGGGAAGAGGUGGAUUCUGAAACAAAACCUGCUGUAUAUGUUCAAAUAGAACUCUUACUACCAUUUUUAUUAAAAUUUUUGGCUGAUGAAUAUGAUGAUACUUCAUGUGCUGUAUUUCCUUUCGUAUCGGCAUUGCAAACAGUAUUGAAAAAGCAAAAAAAUUGCUCCGGUGUAUUAACUGGGACACAAAGAGAAUUUUUGGAUUCAUUGCUCAAAGUAGUAGUUCUCAAAAUGAAAUAUGAUGAUGAAACAGAUUGGGGCGGAACAGAUGAUGGAUCAGAAGAUGCGGCAGAAUUUUUAGAGAUGCGUAAGAAUCUAAAAUCAUUCUUUGAAGCGAUUUAUCAUAUCGAUUCGCAAUUGUUUACAACAUAUAUUCGUUUGGCUGUGAUUAGUACUUUGGAUAAUUAUGCAAAAUUAGGGAAUGCACUUGAUUGGCGUGAACUAGAGUUAGCAUUGCACUUGUUACAUUUGUACGGGGAAGCAAUCAAAGGGAAAGUUCAAUUUGUGGAAAAAAAUAAUAAUGAAAUUACUGUGUAUACAUCUUUAGGGGAAAUGAUGAAUCAAAUGAUUCAAUAUGUUUCUACAUAUUCUCAUCCAGCCAUUACUUUGAAUUUUUUUGAAAAUAUUUCUCGUUAUUCUCAAUUUUUUGAGGUGCAGCCUGACUGUAUUCCUCCAGUACUUGAGGCAUUUGUAGAUAUACGUGGUCUACAUAAUCCAAAUACAACAAUUCGUUAUCGAUCAUGGUAUCUUUUUCAUCGAUUUGUAAAGUUACUGAAGUUAAAAAUGGACAAAUAUGUUAAUACUGUAUUGGGAAGCAUUCAGGAUUUAUUGAUCAUACAAGCUGUACUUGAAUCUUCUGAUAUGUCUGCUGACAGUAAUCCUUUGACAAAAGAUAAAGCAAUGGAAAGUGGAUUCAGUGAGCAGAUAUACCUCUUUGAGACCGUUGGUACAUUGAUCACAAUAGAAUCUAUUCCUCAGGAUGAUCAAAUGGAAUUUGCAAAAGCCAUAUUUAACCCUUUAAUGGAAGAAAUACAACGCUAUAUACAAAUCUGUACAGAAUCACCUGAACACAUAGAUCCUCGUUCUGUACUUCAAAUACAUCACUUGAUAAUGGCUAUUGGUAGCAUCGUGAAAGGCUUUCCUGAAGCGCCCAAAGGAUCUCAUCCAACUGUUCUAUGGGUUGGAAUUCUAAAGCAGGUGACUGAGAUCGUUCUAGCUGUGCUGAAAAUUUUGAAUAGAUACGAAAUUAUCAGGGAUGCUGCAAGGUAUACCUUUGCACGGCUUGUUAGUGUGCUUGGCACGGAGAUAUUGCCAUAUCUUCCUUUAUUAAUUAAUGAAUUGCUCACUGAGUGUGGGAUUUCAGAAUUAUUCUUAAAUCAAACACCAUCCGGAACUGAUGAAGCGCUUUUAUUGAUAGAUCUUCGAAAAGCCUACCUAAAUUUCAUCUUAGGAUUGUUGAAUAAUGAAAUGGAUGCAGUUUUCGUCAGCGAAUUGAAUCAGCCACGUCUAGAAAGCAUACUUCGAAGUGUUAUACAUUAUGCCAGCGAUCCCUCUGAUAUUCCAUCUAUGAAGAUAGCAUUUAGUAUUCUUUCGAAAACGUUGACUCUCUGGGGUGGCCAGUACUUGACAAUAGGUGCAUUAUAUGAGCACAUAUUGCGUAUUUGUUUCGAAGUUCCCUUUAAGCCAUCAUUCAAUGUGAACGAUGGUCAAUCAUUAAUGGUUUUAAAUGAAAUAUCCAAGAUAUUGAAAAUCAUGCUUUCACAAAGGAGAGAAGAUUUUCUUGAAUAUCUUAGGAAUGUAUGGACUAUUUGGUUGCUACAACCAGAUCUUCUUGAUGAUUUCUUACGAUCUUUACAGCAACUAGAAUUAAAAGCAUUUCAGAAAUUUUUCCAGCAAUUCGUUAAAACAUCAAAAUCAUGA